CUUUUAUUUCAGAUGCAGUAAUUCUUCCUAAAAAGUGUGAACUUCACAAAUAAAGCUCAAAUAUGGUGAUAAGCAAUCCAGAUGCCGUGGCCGCCGCCACCACCACAAAUAAUGCUGGUGGCGAGGCGGGCAGCAUAGCGCAUCCAUCGGGUAUUCCACGAGAUAGAAUAGAUAAUAUAAUGAGCGGUAUAGCGAAUACGGGCGAUGUGAAAAUGAAUAACCACCGAAAGAAGUUGCGUCAAAGAUUCGAUAUUAUUAAAAAGUUAGGUCAAGGCACAUACGGUAAAGUGCAAUUAGGUAUAAAUAAGGAAACCGGCCAGGAGGUGGCUAUAAAAACCAUAAAAAAGUGCAAAAUAGAGGCUGAGGCGGAUUUGGUGCGCAUACGACGUGAGGUGCAAAUUAUGAGCUCCGUACAGCAUCCUAAUAUUAUACACAUUUAUGAAG